GCUCAAGGCGGCAGCAGAUCCCCCUUUUCAAAGGAAGGAACAUGAGGAGGCGGCGGGAAAGCAACGGUCGCAUUUGCCAUUCAGUCACGCUGUUUGGCUUGUAUAAUACCAUCACAUCUUGGAGCCAAACAAUGGAAGACCGCCGCCAUGACCCUCUUGUUGUAAGCGAGGCACUUGAGUAUUGUUUGCAGUCAUGGCGGGUGGCUCCGACGGCAGACUCAUGCCGUUAUCUCACGCCGCUUCUUCUCGCGAAUGGAGGACCUGGUCUCCUGAAGAAAGGAGCCAGUGGGCAUCACAACGAUUCGCCUCCGGCACUUUCUGUGCGAGACUUCCCUGCUUGUAGCCGCUCAAGCCGCCGCCCAUCAGCCAUCAGAGAACAACACUAUAAGGGUAAGCAGCGCAGAUCAUGUCAGCCGCCAUGUGCCAGCAACCCGCAAACCUGGUGGCGGACCCAGAUCGGCCAACACUGGACGACGCCCGAUGCUGCCGACCCGACCUUUCAGCAUUAUCGCUCAGUGGCCGACUACGGGGCGGAUAGCUCAGGCAAGGAGGACGUUUCGGAUGCACCUCGCCGCGGCCGCCUCAACCACCUGCCUCGAAAAUAUCUGGGGCUGGGUAGCCGACCACGCGCUUGACCCCGUCCCGUCUUUCACCGCAACUGGAGGAACAGCAGCAGGAGCAGUAGCAGGAGGAGGAGCGCAGAACAUCGCGGCUGCAAAGCGCGGGCGCCUGCAGCAGACCGAGGCGCCGU